UUGGAAAACAAAGUCCAGUGGUUUGUUUUGAACUUUUAAUGGAAAUGUUAUAGCCUUUUCACUCCGUCACUCCUAAUGUGCUCUGUUCUUCUCUAGCAAACCACUGAGUCAUUUACACUAUAUAGACCGAGGUUUAACUACAAGCUUUUUUCUUACUACUUAGGAGACUUCAUGAUUUUACUUAAACACAUAACAGUAAAAUUAGCUAAAUUCAAAAAAGGAUGCACUGUUUUGGAAAAGCAUGGAUUAUUUAGAGUUUGACCUAUAAGUAAAAUGAAACAAUACUUAAGUAAGGCACUGUGGAUCCUCUGCCAGCUGUUGCCCUCUGGUUUCACUCUUCAAGCUCCUUAUUUAAAAUCCAACAUGAAACUCAGCAUGCAAUGCAGGAAAACCCACCAGCAGGUGGCACUAACAUCUAGCCGCCUGCUGUGCUGGCAGAGCUGUUGCUGGAUAUUGUGUCAGAGACUAAAUCCAUGCCUUUUAAAGGAUUAGGCUACCCUCCCUCUUUUCAGCAAAAAUCUCAUUAUAACUCACAUUCCACCGGCUGGGAAGACACAACUUCUGAUUUGAAACAACACUCAAAGUGAGGGGGAGGUAUGGCGAGUCAAAACAAUAUCUGUUGGAGUAAAAUACAAACCAGCAGCACCCAUAUUCUGAGCAUGGUGCCCACGCCCCAGGUGUGCGUAUCAACCCUGGUCACGGUGAGCACGAUGGCGGUGGUGGACCUCUAUCUGCUGGAGCAGAGCAUGCUGGGAUCCCGGGGUGCGUCUGGACCCAGCGUGUGGCAGUAUGCGGCGGUGCUGCUAGGCGACGUCUGCUUCCUGCUUGCCCUGCGCUUUGUAUCAGCAGGCGUGGUUUCUGAGGCCCAGUCGUCACGCCGCGGUUUUGCCAACGCCCUCUGGUUCCUGUUCCUGUCUAUGCUGCAGUUGAAGCUCUUCUUCGUCUGCCACAACUACAGGCAGGAGCGGCGGCCGCCCGACCCGCUGGCCAGGAAGACCCUGACGUUGCUGCUGUCCAUCUGCCUGCCCUCACUGUUUCUUAUACUGACUGGAGCUGAUCACAUGACUCCACAGCGCCGGAAGCAGGAGGUGCGGAGCCGGCUGCUGUGGGUUGUUGUGGACCUCCUGGAUGUGCUGGACCUGCAGGCGGGGCUGUGGGAAGCCCAGGCUGGGUCUGGAGGAGUUGUUGAGCAGAGGUUACCAAUCUGGGCAGAGGGCCUGGUGUUCUUCUACUGCUACGCGCUCUUGCUGCUGCUGCCCUGUGUGGCCCUAACAGAGCUGGGGGCCACCAGCCUGCCAGGACAGAGGGGGCCCCGUAGGGAGGCUCUGUACCCCUGGCUCAGCUUGAUCACCAUUAACAUCUUCACCCUGGCUCUUAGGGGAACAGGCAUGCUGUGGUACAGAGACUCCCGCGUUUCGACUGUGUUUCUGGGGAAAAACGUGCUGGCUUUGGCUGUAAAGCUGAGCUCAGCCUGGGAGAGACACAAACAGGAGCGCAGUGCCACAGGAGCUGGGACCAUAGCUGGAGCAGAACCAGAAGCCUCCACCAUGCCAAGGCAGAACUUGGAGCAGGACGAGGGACAGAGCCAGGGGAAAGCUCCUCCUGCUCAUUUUCACACACUAACUCGCUCCCAAAGCCACACUCUCUCCCAGGUCAGCCUGGAACCCACAGCAACACCCUUGGGACCCCCUUUUAUUUCCCAUGAACUGUAGAGAAUCACUUCUAAAAUGCAUGCAUGCAAAUACCGUAUGUGUGCUCACACAAAUUUCAGAAACUCAAGUAGACUGAAGUGGUAUCACCUCCCAGCAGCGGGCAGAACGUGGAGCUGUGGAAAUGCGUUUGGCACGCUCGUCUGUUCGUGCAUUAUAUCUGGCUGGGAGCAACUUGAAAUGCAUUGUUGUGAUUUGUGGGAGUGCGUUUUCAGAGUCAACACUGUGAGCAGCACUGCCACACUGUAAAGUGUAUCGUAGAGAUGUUGAAGCCUAGUGAGUAUUCUCUGUUGUAUAAUGGAGGCUUAACUGCCUAACCUCUCUCGGUUUGCUGUUGUUUAAAAUCCUCUCUCCUCUGACAAAUAUAUUUUUAGACUUAUUUCUACUUCUUGUUAAAUAUCCAUUAAUAUCCAAGUUCAAUUGUAUGGUUCUUUGGACGAACUGGAUAAUUAGAUACCAAAAUCUGCGCUGUGACCUUUCAGUACACAUUUUCUGUCAUUACACGUUAGAAAGGUUUAACACAGGGAGGUGAGGUCUCAUUUUUCUUUUCCUUCUGUACCAAAGAGCCAACAAUGAACAUCUGUAUGAGGAGAAGCUCUGCUGUACUCGUCCACACUGUGCUUGAAUGGUUGUUUUUUUUUGUUUUUUUUUUGCAGUAAAUUUUAUACUGGAGAUUUUAGUCCAGGUAAUGUUUCCCUUUUGAGAUUAUUUACAGCUCAUAAAAAAGAUUUAUAAUUUUUGGGUAAGGAGAAAAUUGAAAGAUUAUUUGAAAAAAAAAAAAGUCAAACUACUGGGAAAGUAAGUUAAGGGUUUUGUGGAGGAUGUUCUUUUUCUAGGUGGAUCAUUAAAAUAAGUAGCCCUCCUAACUGUCAAUCAUUCUGGUGAUAUAUUUACGUAAGGCCGUCCUACGUACUCGUCCCCAUUUUCACUUA